AUGGCGCCGAAGAGUACGAAGAUAAACAGUUUGAAUUGUCCGAUAGUUUCGAUCAACGUCCACAUUUGGCACUUUUGGUCGUACAUUUAUAGACAUGACUUCAGGCGCUAUAUAGGGAUCGUACUUGGACUUCUGCUGAAUGCGUUUAUGUUCGCUGAUCUUUUUAUGUCAGGAGCCGAUUUCGAGCAAAUGAUUGUUAAUGCAUUUUUUGCUGUGCUUGGGUUUGAUGUGAUACUGCGUCCAAUAAGCGUAGUGUACACUCGUGAUAAAUUUGAACAAUUUUUGGAAAAAGUGUCAUUCAAGUACAAGGAAAUGGAGAAAAUCGAAGACCAUGUUGUGCUGGGAAUAAUUUCGAGACUCACGAAGCGAGCAAGAACGCUAUCUAUCGGCAAUCUUGCAGUUUCAUGCACCACCGCAGUAUGUCUCAUUAUUUCUCCUCUGUUUAGCAGCAACCGUAGAAUGUUAUUCAGCAUGUACAUUCCCGGGGUGAAUGUCUCAGCUUCGCCUCAGUAUGAAAUUUUAUAUGCCUUGCAGGCAUUCUGGAUGUGUCCUGCCUGCGGCAUGUACGUCCCAUUCACUAAUUUAUUCAUGUCGGCUACGAUUUUCGGCGUGAUUCAGAUGAAAACAUUACAGCAUCAGUUGACAACACUCAAGGAUACUGUGAAGAACAAGGAUGGAAAAAAUCUACACAACACUGUGAACAGGAUCAUCGAAACUCAUUUGCGUAUCAAAGACUAUGUGUUUGAGUUAAACUCCUUGGUCACCUUCAUAUGCUUUUUUGAGUUUAUGACAUUUGGAGUUUUGCUUUGUUCCUUGCUAUUUCUACUAAAUACGACCGCCAAUAAGAGUCAGGUUUUGGUAAUUGUGCCAUAUUCUGUGACAAUAGUGACGCAGGUAUUCGCGUUCUACUGGCACGCAAACGAGGUUCGCGAGGAAAGCAUUAAAAUCGCUGAGGCUGCUUACAAUGGACCUUGGAUGGACAAGGAGGAAUCGAUCAAGAAAAAGCUUCUGCUCGUUAGCCUCAGUGCCCAACGUCCGCUGGAGUUAACAUUGGGCAAUGUUUUUCCGAUGACGUUGGAGAUGUUUCAAUCCCUGAUGAAUGCGUCCUACUCAUAUUGCACUUUGCUGAGACGUUUCAACAACUGAAAGAUUCAAGUUGCUGUGUUUUAUUGACAAAUUUUUGGAGGGUUGAUCAAAAUUUUGAUUCUCAUUAAUUUUAAACAA